UCUCUCUCUCUCUCUCCCCACACACACAGUGACAACGAAGACAUCCGCAUAGUUUAAAGUUGUCAAACAGUUACAUCUACUCUUUCCGCACAGAAACUGUUUAUGCCUGUGUUCUGCGCAUGGAACGUUGAGUAGAGAUCCGAUUUCAAACGAACUUUGGACUUGGCUUGAACUCAUUGGAAAUCGCGGAGGCCACAUUCAGCCAUGUCCGACCCCCCUGUUGUCAUUUGGGAAGACGAAGUCAGAGAGCUGCUGACCUACCGCGCCCUGGUGCCGCUUCUGGAAGAGGCUCUGGGUCACUUCUCCAGGCGGGACAGCGCUGAGGUGAUCCAGCCGGUGCGCACCACAGUGGCCCUGCAGAAGCACCGCGGGUUCCUGGGGCUGAUGCCUACCUACAUGGAGAACCUUGGAGUCCUGAGCACAAAGUUUGUGUGUUUCUACAACAGGGAGGCUGGUUCCACUCUGCCAGCCACUAAAGCCACAGUGGUGCUGCUGGAUCCAGAGUAUGGGAAUGUCAAAGCUGUCAUUGAUGGGGAGGUCAUCACACGCAUGAGGACAGCUGCAGUCUCUGCAAUCUCUGCCAAGUUGCUGAUGCGUCCAGGGGCAGAGGUGCUGGCCAUCUUGGGGACCGGCAUCCAGGCCCUGAGUCAUUACAAUGUCUUCACUGAAAUGUUCUCCUUUAAAGAGGUGCGUGUGUGGAGCCGCUCGAAAGAGAGAGCCGAGAGGUUCAGGGACUCGGUCCGGGGUCCUGUGACGCUUUGUGUCUCAGCAGAGGAGGCGGUGAGGGGAGCGGACGCCAUAGUGACAGUAACCAGAUCUACUGAGCCGGUACUGUUUGGUCGCUGGGUCAAACCAGGAGCCCACGUGGCAGCGGUUGGAGCCUGUAGGCCGGACUGGCGGGAGCUGGACGACGUGUUGAUGAAGGAGGCGGUGGUGUACGCUGACAGCAGAGAGGGAGCGAUGGCCGAGUCCGGUGACGUCCUUCUCUCUGGGGCGGAGGUGUUUGCAGAGCUUGGAGACGUUAUUAAUGGGACUAAAGCCGCUCACAGAGAGAAGACCACCGUGUUCAAAUCCCUCGGAAUGGGAGUUGAGGAUGCAGUGUCUACCAAGCUGGUGUUUGACCAAUGGAAAGCCAAACACAGACAACCAUGAAGUAACCUUGCUUCUCAGUCUCUGGGUUUUACCCCCUCGUCACACAAGCUGAAGUCCUAAUGUAUAACCUGAUUGAUCAUCAACAUGGAACUGUAUAUUUAAAGCUGCAGUAACAAGCCGAUAGAUCCUAUUGUCAAUCCACAGUACACUUUUUCUUUAUCAUCAAAUAACCAAAAAAGUAAUACUUGAGUAUAUACGUUAUUAAAACUAAAUGACAGAAACCCUGUUUAAGAAAGUCAAAGUAUUCACAUAUACUUUGACCUUUUUAGUUUGUCCAAUCUUUAUAUAGUCUACGAGAAGUGUUACAUUAGCUAUUUACCUUUGAAUGUCACUAUUUUCUAAUAUUUUAUGUACUAAAUAAAAUGUGUUGCACUCUUUAAAUCUGA